ACAUCAAUUAUAUUCAACAGUAACGUAUGUUUUAUUUAAAAAAAAAAUAAAUAAGCGCCGCGUAUCGCCAAAUCAUCACAGUGGUUUCGACUGCUAAUGCCUGGGCGUACAGCAGCAGUGGACGGCUUCGUACAUGCCUCACUCAGGUCCUCUGUAGAGAGCUUUUUUAAGAUGUUACCCUCCUCGGACAGCCUCGCAGAAAUUCAACGACGGAUAGAUGAAGUCAAGCGCUUUCUGUCUAUCACCCUGAGCAUCGCCAAUGCUCACACGGUGGAGUUUUACACUCACGACGUGUGGAACCGGUUCAUGGCCGUGCCACCUCAAGAGGUCCUGACAGCCGUCAGCUCGUGUAGUGACCAGCAGGGGGCGCCAGAAGCCAAAGCAAAAGAGGAAUCCAGGACCAUAUUUGGGUUUUGCAAUGACACAAACCGGCUGGUUGAUACCCAUGAACUGCUGCAGGCGGCCAAGGCCCACUCUAUCCCUGGCCUUGGAGUCUGUAUGAGCAGGGAUGAGCUCCUGCAGGCCCUCAGAGAGAAAGGGGAGGACACAGGUGCUGUGCUGGAGCCAGAUGAGUUUAUGAACUCUAAGAAAUCUCAUGAGGUCCAGUGCAUGUCUGAGGUGGUGGCCUGUCUGGCCCAGCGCUGUGGAGUCAAACAGGUGAUAGAUGUGGGCUCAGGGAAGGGCUACCUGAGCUCCUUCCUGUCUCUGCAGUACGGCCUCCGGGUCUACGGCAUCGACUCCUCCAGCACCAACACCCACGGAGCUCAGGAGAGGAACAGGAAGCUGAAAAAAUUCUCCAGGGCGUACCAGAAACACAGCAAGGCAGCUAGGGCACAGGGCGAGGCUACACAUUCACCUCAGGAAGAGUUAGUCGAAAUAAAGCCUGGAAUGAACGGAGGCAGUGUUGCUUCAUACAGUGAUGGGGCAGGAGUUGUGGCGCAGGAGGAGAAGGUGCUAAUCAGCUUAUCAGAUGUCAACCCUGCGGUGGAAAGGCACCCAGAGCCAAACUCACAAACAGAGGAGCUCUUUCUUAAUGCCCUAUCAGUGGACGAGAUACAGACUGCAUCCCCAAGAGUCCCCGCCGACCAGCUGAGUGCCGAGGAGAGAGAGAGGAGGAAGAGGGAGAACCUGGAGAGGAAAGCUCGGAACAGAACCGACGGCGCCGGCACCGUGUUUUCGCCCCUCACGUCUUACGUCACUGCGGAAACUGAGCUGCGAGAGCUCAUCAACGAGCUGGAGGACGCGGUCGUGGUCGGCCUGCACACGUGUGGCGACUUGGCUCCCAGCACCCUGAGGAUGUUUGUGGCUAAAGCGGAGCUGGCCGCAGUCUGCAGCGUGGGCUGCUGCUAUCACCUGCUGUCUGAGGAGUUUGACCCUGCCGGACAGGAGUGUUUGUGCGGUGUGUGUGGUUUCCCUCUGAGUCAGUACCUCCGCGACUGGUCCUGGUUCUGCGGCAGAAACGCCAGGAUGUCUGCGUGUUUGGCACUCGAGAGAGUUUCACUCGGCCAAGGGAUACAGAUGGAGUCCCUGUUUUACCGGGCGGUCCUUCACGUUAUUCUGAGGGAUCACUACAGCGCCUUUAAAAGUGAAAAGCGAGUCGGGAACGUCUACUCUAAGGCUAAAUCAUUCGUGGACUACGUUCGUCGAGCUCUGCGCAGACUGGAACUGGAUGAAUCAAAGCUUUCAGACGCCGACAUCCAGGAUUACCAUGACGCAUACAGGCCGCGAAUGGGCGAGAUGCACGCCUUUAACAUGCUGAAGGUGGCCCUGGCUCCAUGUAUUGAAGGUCUGAUUCUCCUCGAUCGCCUCUGCUACCUGAAAGAACAGGAGGAUUUAUCCUUCUCUGCACUGGUGCAACUCUUUGAUCCCCUGCUGUCACCAAGAUGUUACGCUGUGGUCGGACUGAAGAGUUAUGAAGACAGAAUUUCAAGCCGAUGAAAUUAUACAUAUGCACAUGAUUAUAAUAUGCUGGUCAUGAUUAUGCAUGAUUAUAUCAACAAUCAUACUUCUGGAUUGAUUGUAUUAUGUGUCUAUUCUCUUCUGCUUGUUUUAAUUAUAUAUAUGAUUUAAUCUAAAUGUAGUAAUUUAUAAAUGCAGUGUCUGUAUCACUUUCAGAAACAUCUCGUAACGCAUCUUUUGUUUUAUAUAUUUGACUGUUUUAAUGAAAAAUAAAUCUUGAAUAUUU